AUGCCCGGGGCAAAUGGUAAGAAGGCAAGAAGGCGAUCCGAUGCCGUGGUUCCGAUCGUGGGAGAAAAGUUCUGCCGGGCCUCCGAGGAGAGGCAGCUGACGGUACAGAAGACGUCCCUCUUCUACCCAGGCGAUGGAUUCGCGGUCUAUGAGCACCAACGAUGGCGACACGUCGGGAGUCCAGACGGAGAUCGAGAUCUGAGCGAGGGGAAAGUAAGUGAGGGGGAGGAGACGGGGGAGCUUGUAUUUCGGGUGGACUCUUACGGCUACGAUUCUCACCACGUAAUGGGGAGGCGAGCUCCGGCGAGAGACGAGGUCGUCCUUAUGGGACCCUGCGGCGAUUGUAUUCUCACCGUUCGCAGGAAGGUGAGCUGGUUACCGACUCCUCCGUCUUCUUUUUUUCCGUUUCUACUAUUUCGCUCUCUUAGAUCUUCAUCAUCGGCAAGGCCGGCGGUUAGUGCUUGCGAGCACAGCUUUAUAUUAUUCCGUCAUUUAAAAAAUUAAUUUCAGAUCGGGGAAGAAUCUUAGAUUUAAAAUCUUUGGUUCGAUGAUGCAGUGGCCGAGCCUGCACCACAGGUGGGAAGGGUUCCUGGGGGAAAAGGUGGACGGGCAGAAACCCCUCUUCAGUGCCAGAAGGCACUCCAUCGUCGGGAACUCCGCUGGGAUCUUCGUGGAGGUCUACGGAAUGGGAGGAACGGGACACCGCGAGUACCGAGUGGAAGGCUCCUUCUCCCAGAGGUGCUGCACAGUCUACUACGCCCACUCUGACGGAGUUAGCACGCUAAGGGAAGCUGAGGAAGGCAGCGCCGCGGUUGUGGCGGAGAUCAGGAGGAAAGUGGUGUCUUCAGCUUCAUCGGCGGCAGACGUGGUGUCCGACAACAUGGUACUUGGUAAGGACGUGUUCUGCCUGCGGCUGGCUCCGGGGUUCGAUGCCGCCUUCUCGAUGGGACUGGUCCUCAUGCUUGACCAGAUUAUGGGCGACAACGUCUGA